AUGCUUGCCCGCUGCUGCCUGGGGCAGCGGUCGCUGCCGAGCCGGUCUGUCCGCCAAGGGCCCGCCGGCAAACUCGUCGUCAGGAGCCGUGCAACUUUCGGCACUUUGAUCGAGGCCGGAAGUGGCAGAACCUCUUUGCCUUCCCGUUACGAGGCGGCCAAGGCGAAGCACCGCCGAUGGCUGACGGUGACCAGUUCUGCGCGGCAAGUCCGGAAGGGUGUCCGCCGUUGUUCAUCUCUUGCUCUUUCCAGUGGGGUCUGUAACUCCACUUCCUCGGUCUUGAGACAGCCUCUUCGUCCAAAUACUGGGCAUAAUUCUCGUCGUGGUUCUUCUUCCCUCAACUUCAAUACCGCUGUUGCCGACCAUAUCGCAUGCUGUGGCUCCUCCUCCUCCUCUCCCUCUCCUCUCAUGACUUCCCUCCCUUUUCAGGUUAUGUCUACGCGUUCGUCCUCAUUCCUCUCCCCGUGUCGUACUACUUGUCUUUCCUCGUGUGCCUUCGGCAUGGGCUCGCAUUCCUGCUGUCGUUUUUCGUCUGGUCGGUGUAUGGGCAUACCGAGUGUCUCGUGCUUGCGUGUCAGAAUGCAGUCCCACGCAGACUUCGUUGAAUGUCCCUUUCAGGCUCAGGACCAGUUGACAGGAGAUAAGACGGCCGUUCAUCUGCAUCCCUUCGGCUGCUCCCACGCGCCGCUGCUUGGGACACAGGGUCUACGUGCCUCGUUGCCUUUCUUGCCAGUUUCACGUCAUUUGGGCCAGGUGUUUCCCCCGUCCGCGAGCCACUUCGUUCGCAGUGUAAUGAUGUACCCCCAGCGCCGUGUCAUUGGCCACCGCAUUGAGAUAUUUCGCGGGAAGCACCGGCGCCGAAGAAUGGUCCCUCCUCGCGUUCCUCUACAUCCUCUUGCAGCGAACACAUCUGAGGAGACCGCAUCCAAGGAUAUGAAUUUGUUUGAGACAUACCGAGACCUCCAGCUCCGGUGGAGAAAGACAUGCCGGCAAAGGAAGAAGAAGUUUAAUAUUGCAAGAAAGUGGAAGAUGCCUCGAAACAUCCGUCCUCUUCCCGACCCCGCCUGGGCUCUGGUCUUCCAUGUCAAUCCGAAACAGAGCUACCGGAGAGGCAGGAGCACUUUCAACAGAGCGCGACGGACAGGCCCAGGUCGGGAAAAUGUGCAGGAGUAUUCAGAAGCUUCCACAGGAGAUUCGAGCGACUUUGUCGCCGUCAAUGGGGGCGGGGACACAGCGCAGGGGCUUAUCUCUCAAGGGGGCACCGCCGACCUCAGGGAACGUGAAACGCUUCUCCAGCAUGUGGCGCUGAACCCGGAGGAGGGGCGCGUUGAAGGCAGAGGCCGCCUAGAUCCUCUAGUCCCUGGCUGGGGCAAAGGCGGCCCCUCUCCCGCCUGGCUUCGCUUUCUCAAGCAGACUCCCCAAGAUGAGCUUUUCUGCGUCAUGAAAAGCAACGUGUCCACUCAGCACAAGGUCACAGCUGGGGAUUUAAUUCAGGCUGAAAAGCUGCACCGCAAGCAAGCAGGAGAUAAGAUCGUCUUCGGCACUGUCAUGCUCGUCGGGUCUCGCGACUGGACGAUUAUUGGCAAACCCACGGUGCCGUUUGCUAAAGUGGAAGCAACCGUGGAAGAGCAGACUCUGGCAGGCGAAACGCUCAGCUUCUUCUAUAGGAAGUCCCGGCGUGUUUCACGUUUUCGGAGGAUUCGGCACUGCGUUACGAUGCUGCGUAUCGACCGUAUCGUCGUCGACCCAGAGAUGACAGUGGACCCACCGCCGCCGAAGCCAGAUCGAUUGCUUGAUCUGUGGGCGAACCGCUGGCUGUAUCCCGAUGAGCUGGAAGGCAUAAAGCGAGACGAAAGCGGGACACCAGUUGCCGCGGAGAUAUACGACGGUGCCGAGCAUCAGAAGGGAUCUUACCAGCGACGAGGCCUGACAGCAUCUUAUCGGUGGCAUCCGGACCCACAGUCCUCGCACUGGAGACCUUGA